AUGUCCAAUUUACUGGAACUAACCGGUCUAUUUUCGAGACUCGCGUCCCAAAUUGAAACCGGAAAUGGCGAUACCAACAACGCCGACCAAUCAGAUGAUGUUUUAGUGGCAGCUCUGAAUCAAUCACUCAACUUGAGCGAACAAUCAAGGGUUAGGGUUUUGGACACCGCGUUGUCUUUGAUGUGCUUCACAGCCCCUCAGGUAUUUGAUUCGGUAAUUGAGUAUUCAGUGAAUACAAUCGUUUCGGUUUUAUCUUCAUCAAUCGAAUGUGAGGUCUUAAAAUCCGAUAAAUCAGAGGUUUUGCGAAUUGGUGGCUAUAUAUCGGCCCAUGACUGCGUGAGAGUGAUGGAAUCAUGUGUCGAUGUUCUGGGGAAAUUAACUGAACAUGGAAUGCUUUCUCGUUCAUUACUGUAUGCUGUUGUUCGAGUAGCUGUGAUGAGGACUCAAUUCCAAUACACAAUGCAACUUACACCAGUUUUUAAUCUUCAAUCAACUGAAGAGAUGAGUCAUGCAUUGUCAAAAUUGGUGUAUUAUAUCCCAAAAACUAUUCCUACCAACAAUCAAGAAUUACAACUGAGGUUGCUAAUCUGGUAUCUUGACCCUCAAACUCUUCUUCAAGAUAUAUCACAACUAUUGCAAGAAGCUAUUGGGAGACCCUUUAUUUGUCUGAAUGAUGAACUCUAUGAGAAGAUAAAAUGGCGAUCUGUUAUAAUUUUCUUGGCACUUUCUCCAUUGAUUUUCAUUGAAACCAGAUCUUUACUUCAUACCUGGUUUCUGCACACGGGUUUAGAUUCUGUAUUAGAGCUUCAAGCUGGAUUGGUUUCAAUGUUACUAGAUCUACUCUCUAGACCAAUAUAUUGGGGAUUAUCUGCAGAAAUCGGAUCAAAGCUUCCAUUUUCAAAUGCAUACUUUCUCUCCAACCACAAUUUACUUAGAACAUUCACUGAACCCUUGUCACGUGAUGGAUUUCUUGAAUUGGUUCAUAAGAUAAAAGAUUCUACUCCUCAAACAAAUACAAUUUCAAUGGUUGAUCACAAAUCUACAUGGUCCAUAGCAAUGAACUUCCCAGAUUGGUUUUAUUUUGCUUCAUUUCUACUUUUUGGAAAGAGUUUUGAUUAUCUACAACAGACAUCAUCUUGUUCAGCUGCAGCAUCUUGGUAUAUUUCAUGGAUUCUAGAUCCUGUAACUGAAUCAGUUUCUGGUAUUUUGUCUGAAAAUUUGUCAAAAUUCUCAAAAUCGUCAAAAUUGUCAAAACCCUUAGUUAUUAACCUUUCAACUAUUCGAAUUUGGCUCAAGGAAUUUCAAGAUGUAAAAGCAAUUGAUAUACAGAAGAAUGCAAUGUUUAGGAGGAUCAUAUUUGGGAUCUUAAUUGGAUCUUAUUCUUCCAUAACUGAAGAUGGAUUCGAAUUGCUUCUUCAUUAUGUUACAACUGGGACAAUUCUUCGGUCAACAGAAAGUCAACAUACCGGAUUAAAGGAAGCAGUUGCAUGUGCUUGUAGUGUUUUCCACUUAACUGAUAUUACAGAAAGGAUUUCAGAUUCUGUAUGUGAUACUCGUGAGAUUGCAGUUGACAUCAUUUGCAAGAUUAAAUUAAGGGUUGUUAAAUAUCUGAUCAAGUGUGUGAAUAGUUUGCUCCAGUUUCAAAUCGACCAAAAUAACCUUCUUUUGUAUAAGGAUCUACAAAGAAGAAUGCUUCGAUGGAGAAAUCAAGGAAAAGAUGUUUUCCAUGGCUACAAAGACCUUGAUGAUGCUAUUAACACAAUCUCUAUGUAA